CUGUGUUUUUGUGUCAGCAGUUUAGAUUGCAGGACGUGUGUGGUCAUAGGGAACAGCUUUACAGUUAAAAACAGCUCACUGGGGGAGAUCAUCAACAAAUACAACGUCGUGAUCAGGCUGAACGAUGCCCCAGUCAGAGGCUUCGAGGAGGAUGUGGGAAACAAGACCACCCUGCGUCUGUUUUACCCUGAAUCAGCGUCUUAUAACCCUGGGAAACACAAUGACCCAGACACCCUGCUGGUCCUGGUUCCAUUCAAACAGCAGGACCUCCUCUGGCUCAAAGAGAUCUUAUAUAAUGAAAAGAGGGUCCGAAAGGGUUUUUGGAAGCCUCCUCCUCAGAUUUGGCUCGGCAGAUUCAGUCAGAUCCGUGUGCUGGAUCCAUAUUUCCUUCAUCUAACAGCCAGCAACCUUCUUAAAAUUCCCCUGAACCCACGCCGGCAACAGAAGCCUGUUCAUCCCACCACUGGUAUUCUGGCAGUGUUUGUGGCACUAAACUACUGUGAUGUCGUUCAUCUGGCUGGAUUCGGAUAUCCGGAAAACAGAAACCAGCAACAGCCAAUCCACUACUAUGGACAGGACACAAUGAAAUCCAUGAAGAAUUCCUUCCAUGAUCUGAACCUAGAGGCACGAGUUCUUAAGAGACUGGAAGAGCAGGGGGUCAUUUUACAUCUGCAUUCUUAGCACACAUACAAACAAACAAACAGUUGAAUUCAACACUGCUGUUUAGUAUUUUUUUCCUGUGUGUACAUGCGAAUGUGUAGGUAUACCAUAAUACAAACAGUCUAUAUGUAAAAGACAAAAAACUGGACUGCACGUAAGCCACAGAAACACACAGGAUCAUGUUUUCAUGCUUAAAUUGGUCUAAAGUGUUUAGUUCGCUCACACUGCAGAGCCGUGUGAGAGUUCUGUAUUUGUACAUAAUUACCACAAGUUUUGUCUAACCUUAGAUGUCCAUAAUUGAUUCUUUAAUUAUUUUCUUUAUAUGGCCACUGGAUAUUUUGUGAACGUUUUAAGUAUUUAAUAAACAAAAUGUUUUUUUUAUGCUAAAAAUAAGGCCUCCUCUCUAUUUUAAGCAGCGCAGAUUUACACCAUAAAGAUUUCUGCUGACCUGUUAUAAAGUAAUCAUGUUACAGUACCUCUAACAGCCUGUAGAGGGCGAUUAAUCCACGUCACAGUUGAAGAAUGGUUUGUUUGUUUAUGUCUGCCUACUGAAGCGCAACAUAUGUACAUGAUGGCCUUAUGUUCACUUUUGGCUUCUUAUUUUGGAGUUAGAACAGAUGAAGUUGCGUCAGACGUGUUUUCAUGUGCCAGAAUAAGCUGUCAGUAAUAACUGCAAAAGCCUGAUUUCUGUCGGCCUCAAUAUGAGUCAAGUUUUGCCUUGACUGUCUCAUUACUCCGAACAGUAUGGUUAUAGACCGUUUCAUCGGACGCGCACGCGCCUUACGGUUUUGACUAGAAGGGAUACAGCUACCUCCACUGGCCAUGCGCACUUAAAUACUGCAUAAUUUUUGUCACGCUGAAAACAGUUGAUUAAUAUUUUUUUUAUUAUUGUAAGGUUAGGCUUAGGGUUGGGGUAGGUGUAGGGGUUAGCUAAUACUAUUUAAUUGUAAUUAUAUGGCACGAUUUUGCACCACUUCCGGCCGUAGCUGUAUCCCUUCUAGCAACAUGGGUGUCCAGUUACUUCCGGUUUGUGUUUGGCUAGUGUCUAAUAAUAUAACUUUAUAUUUUAU